CAGUCGUGACUGAUAUCUGCUGCGUCGGUUUGCGUCACCGCAAAGCAAAAUCUUGUAUCGUGUGAUGUGCUGUGCUGUGCUACCCAGUACGGAGUAGAUGCGGCGCGAAUUCUCUCAAUGCCUGAUAACGCCUUCCUCUUCCGUCCUGAUUGACAGCACUUCUAUCUUGCAGUAGCGAGCUCAUAUAGUCUUGAUCACCAUAAACAUCUUAUCGUCUUGUAUAUCAAGCUUUCCUGCCCUCCUAUUUUUCCGGUCGCUUGUCCUCAUCUUUCGUUUGAGUCGGUGAGCAAUGCAUCUUCAACGUUUCGUCUUGCUGGCCUCGGCCCUGCACGCUGUGUCUGCGCAUCGCCAACCUCCGAAGAAACCACUCGAAGCAGCAUCCCUGUUUCAAUCUGCUGCAGCACCGGCCUCUCCGUUGCCAAUCAUCCAGCUCUACAAGCCGGUAUCAAUUCCCAAAUCGCCGCAAUGUAACGUCCAGCAGACAUUGAUGGUACACACCUUCGCUAGCAGCUAUGGAGUUCCCUAUGUUGGACAGUACACGCCACCAGACUGUGACUUCAACAAUGUAGUCAUUGAAUGGACAGUCACUAGUGCUGGUCGGCAAUUCGAUCGCCUUGCAGAAAUGUACCUCGGUGAUAUUGAAGUCUGGCGUACUAGCACUGCUGAGCCUACUGCGUCAGGCAUCAUCUUCAGAUAUGAAAAAGAUCUUAGCAUGUACUUGAGUCUCUGGAAAUCUCCUCAGAAACUCAUAUUUGAAUUGGACAACGUGUAUGACUCCACCUACACUGGAGCAUUUAACACUACACUGACGGCUACAUUCUCUUACAACUCAGCCAAGCCGGCCCAUGCGGAUCUCAUCUUGCCAAUUACUCCUCAGCUGGGAGCGUCCGGACAACGCAGUAUCUUCACUCUACCAGGUGACAGCGCAACGGUACAGCAGACGUUUCCUCGGAACAUCAGCCAUGCUACGGUAUCUAUCGCUGCUACAGGCCAAAGCAACGAAGAAUUCUGGUACACCAAUGCCCUCCAAUCCGACAUUCACACUUUCGAGUCCACUGUUGGUACUCUACUUGGCUAUGGUCCUUUCCGCGAAGUCCAGUUGUUCAUUGAUGAUAUGAUGGCAGGUGUGGCAUGGCCAUUUCCCAUCAUCUUCACUGGUGGUAUUGCUCCUGGCUUUUGGCGUCCGGUAGUAGGCAUUGACGCUUACGACUUGCGAGAGUAUGAGAUUGAUAUUACACCCUUCUUGCCCUAUCUUCUGGAUGGAAAGCCGCACGCUUUCAGCAUCAGAGUCGUCGGUAUGGAUGACAACGAAGGCAAUGGCCCGGCAACACUGUCGGAAGCCAGCAUCAACAGCUACUGGCUGGUCUCGGGCAAGAUCUUCCUUUUCUACGGCGAUGAAAGCUACAACGGCACACAUGCUGCUCCUACUAUUUCUACCUCACCAGUCGUCCAAACUACCUCCAAUAUCGGCACUACGAACAAUGGCAUCAACUCAACCAACUCAACAUUGUCUUACAGCGUUACAGCCAAGCGAACCUACUCCGCCAAAUCCAGCUUCGGCAGUUGGACUCAAAGUCUCGACUACAGCAAUACUGGCUUUCUCGGACAGGGUGGGCUCGCAUCGUCAAACAUCCAGAAGACCGCUGGUACCUCAGCUGCAGUCGUGAAUAGUGCACCAGACUUUUCCAAUACCUUAAGCUACACCUAUCCAAUCAUCGCCAACACAACUUACGCGUCAGCCAAUUUCUCAAUCUUCAAUGCUUAUGUGGAUUAUGGACUCAAAAUCUCCUCUUCAGGAAGACCCGAUGUCUCGACUUAUAGUUUGGUCAGCGGACCUAUGAAUCUGGACGAGAGACAGUUUGGUGAAGCAUACUAUUCGAGUGUGCCUAACAGCAGUUAUUCGUUCGGUAUCAUGGACCGAAAGUUCAAGGAAGUGAGCUAUGGUACACCGUACUCGAGACAUGUCAAGACCAACAACUUGACUAUCACUUAUGACUCGACGGCCUGAGCUUGGAUGAGCUAUCAUAAUGCUCCCCAAGGCUUGCCGGAUCUAGUAAUUGUUGUUCGGAGCGAUAAUACUAUCGUGAUAAAAUGGCGUGAGUUGGAAAACGAUCACAUCAUCGAUCAUGUAGCGAAAGUCAUUAUAUACAAUUACAUCAAACAUCAGAGAGAGAGAGAGAGAGAGAGAGCAGUCAUUCUAGUGCUCGAAU